UAUGUUGAAAGAGGAAGCACAUGCUGUCUUUUCUGUGGACAUCAAGUCUGUGGCAUGAAUGAGCUUCUUCUAUAAACAGAAAGCAUACAACUAGGCAUUAAAGCAUUGAAAAAUGCAUGCAAUUUAGACAAUGCAGUUAGACUUAAGUAUGAUGUGGCAUGCAGGUAAUCCAUUCUUGUCAUGGGCUUGAGCUGCUGUUGUCCCCGGAUUGAACUGUCAUGGCUGCCGCGCGCUGUUGACUGAUUCUGGUUGGACAGGAGGCGGAAAAGCGCUGGCUCUGUACAUCCAAUAUGAAUGGGGUCAAUGCCAACCCUAGCGCUCAGGUUGGGAAGGAAGAGAGGAGCAUUUGGCAUAAACGCCUGCGUCUCAGGAAGACCUCCUUUUCAUUCCCUACUGAACGAAACACUGUGAAACAGGAGAGGGAUGUUACGGCACGUGGAUGGAAAGUAAAAGAGAAGUCCAAGAAGCGACCUCAAAGUCUUCAGGCGGCGAACACCUUCACCUGCUCCUCGUGCAACGACGGCGUCUCUUUCAAACCUGGCGAAUUAACAAGGCAUUUUAAGAUUGACCACGGAGGCGAAGGAAGCCCACCGGUGUUUCCGUGCGACACGUGUGGAUUCUCCUCGCCGGUGUUCACUACGCUUCAGCAGCACCGAAUGCAGCACGAGGAUUGUUUGUUCGCUUGUGAGAUUUGUGAUGACGACGUCCAGCGAACGCUUCUCCAACUGACCAAACAUUGUGAAACUCACCAUGCUCUGAACGGUCAGUACUACUGUCCGAAGUGCAAACUCUCCAUCCAGGAGAUUGAGCAGUUUGUGUGUCACUCGUGUUGCAUUACUAAUGGCAAUGCACAGAAAAACGAUCUCUUAAAGCACAUGGCUGCUGCGUGCCGUCAAAGGUGGAGCCGCAGAAAUUGGUGGAGAAAGCGGGCACACGUCAAGCAAGACGAUAACCUGUCCCGAGAGUUAAAGUUCUUUCUUCCAAAACCAGAACCCCAGUGGACGUCCCCAUUGCUUCCGUUCUCCACACCCGGUCUACUGGACGACCACGGCGUGCUGCUGGAUCCAGAGAAGACCUUAGCGGAAACGCAGCAGUUUCUUGAGAGGACCGUUUGUAGUGGUAAAAACUGGCCUGCGUCUCUCAGAAGCGAGCAAGCGGCGACAACACCCCAUCCGUCACAAACGAACCUGAAGCGAUGUGCCACGCCACACACUGGGAAAGAUAAGCUAAGCGGACUCAUGGAGAAGAACCAUAUAUCCUUUCCCCCGGAUUGCACUACAAAGGUGGUCGGGUUCAAGACGGUGGACGGCAAAAAGCAUUUAGUUCUCAAAGUCAUUCCUUCAAACAAGCGAGACGUUUCGAAGGAUGCUCACACUGUGAAACCUACCAAUCAGCAAGACGAAUCCAAUGAUAUUUCAACCGCUAAUGCCUCAGGAAACCAUUCUCAGGUGACGUCUAGAAGGACGUCGUCCCAAAGAAAGAAGCAGGGACGAUGUGUAGCUCAGCGGGAGAUUUUGUCUUCGGUGGCUGAGAGGAUACAAAGCCAGCAAACCGAUGGAUGCACCAAUCAGGAACAUGCAACUAUUCAUCUCAAUGCAUGCAACGCCUUCAACAAUAUCUCCGCUAUUCAAAGUCCCCGUGCAAAAAGAGCGAAUGACUGCCAAGCCUUCAGUGAACCCGAGGAAAACUUGACCGCAUGCCAAGGAGAUUCAGGUUGUCAUAGCGAUCUGACCUCGGAUACAGGUUCUUUGGAAGAAAGGUGUAGUUCACGACUCCUUACAACUGUGUUUGAUGAAGAACCCAAUCUUGCACUAGAUUCAAACUUCACUGACCAUCAGCCGAACACAUGCUCUAUCUCUGGGUUUGAUUGCAUGAGUACGUCCUCUGGAUCUCCUCUGAAGGAUCUGAAUGAGUCUUUGUGUCAAAGUGAAGCCGGGGGCCUGUUAUUCCAUGGCAAUGCUGACGAGUGCACAAACAACAUGGACCCCAGAGAUUCUCUGGUCCCGGUGGGUCAGAGCGAAAGCCGCAGCGCUCCAGACCUGCUUCACACGGUGGCUGAGUUGCCUUUAACAACAGUCAUCCACUUGCUGGAUGAGACCAGAGAGGAUCGGACGUUAUCGCCGCACGCCAGCUUCGAUGAACCUCUGAAAGAUUCAGCACACGCUGGAGAUGCAAACCAGCGAUCUGAUCCAGUCAGCGCCAACAUCUUCUCUCUCCUUCCGUAUGAUUCAAACUCUUCCACAUCCGGAUCCAGCGAGUCAAGCGGCCCUCUCGCAUCACUGAACAGAAAGCGCAUGGGAGAAACGUCCCCGGUGGACUCUCCCGUCAGCAAAUCCCAGAAGCGAUCGACACGGGCCUCGGAGGACGUCAGCGGCUCCGUCCUCUUCUGGGAGCCGGUGCCUCGAGACGCUCCGGCGACCCUUCGACUGAUUCCCUACAGCUCCUCGCAGUCCGUUAAAACCCCACGCCACAACCAGCCGGUCAUAGUUCUCAACCAUCCCGACACCGAUAUCCCCGAGGUCACGAACAUCAUGAAAGUGGUUCACAAGCACAGAGACGCCGUGCAGCGCGUCGUACUUUCUCGUAAAACUCUCCAAGCGCUUUCCGAGUUCAGCUGCGAGGCCUUUCGCGAUAAUCUCGUCGCCAGUUGCCACGCGUCCCACCGCAGGAGAGAAUGGCCAAACGGGAGCGUUAAAGAAAGGGUCAGCUUGAAACUGAGGCUCAGAAGAGUGCGUGGAAGAAAGUACACCGUAGUGCCGACAGUAUCGGAGAGCAUCGUGCUGCAGCCGACCUUUAGAUGCUGGUUUUGCGGGCGGCUUUUCACAAACCAGGAAGCCUGGGUGGGUCACGGACAGAGACAUCUAAUGGAAGCAACCAGAGACUGGAACAAGCUCUUCAACAGAUAGAAAUGCGUUCAUUUUCCUGCCAUUUUUAAGACAUGCUGUGAAGAAUCAGGGUUACUAUGCAAAUCUCAGGGGGGGGGGGAAUACAGUUCGUUCUUUAUAGUAAUAAACCCUUCUCGAGCGAUUGAAUAUUUAUGAUGACACGAGCAAGCAUUAUUUAUUUUGUUCCACACUGUGAAAAAGUGCAGUGCAUUAUCUAAUAAAAGAGAAAUCACUGUGUUUUGAUACGGUCAGACCAAAUCCUUCUCGCACCAUACUGUGAUCAGAUCAGGUUUUGUGAGAUUAUUGCAGAGAGCUCAGGUAAUAUUGUCAUAUUCCACUCUGUUCGCUUAAUACUAAUAGAAGAAGUGUGUUGACCUUCACUUCACGCUGAAUAAACGAGUGAUACUUUAUGUAGCUUUGCAUUAUUUAUAGUUUUAUUUUUGAUGUGUGUAUGUCGUUUAACCAUUACUGCUUGCUUUGUUGCUUUACUAAUCAGCUUUCAGAAGACUGAAAUGUUUACAGAACUUGAUUCUCUUUGUAGGAGGCUUCGGAUCUGGUUUAACUUCCUCUGUUUGUCACGUUUCUGGUAUAUUUAGCAUUAGAUUUAAACUACAGCUGUAUGCGAGAGCAUAUGUUCACGCAGCAUUGGUGAUCCGUCACUGAAAUUAUGUUUUGUAUUUAUGUGAAUUGUCUGUAUUUAUUUUCAGCAUGCAGUCGGCUGAUAAGUUACACAGGUUUGAUUAAGGGUUUAAUCAAGAGUUUAAAUGAAUUACCUUACAUUUAUUAAAUUGUUAAUGUAUUAUUCGAGGAUACUGUGAUGUUUUGGUCAAAAUCUUCCCAAAGAAUAUUUUUAUUCUCAUUUAUGAAGCCAAAGGGGUUUUUUUUAGGAUCAGUGUAAUCUGAUCAGAAUAAUGUUUUCUUGAGUUAAUUUUCAGCAGGCAAAAUGUUGAUUGCACUGUGAAUCAGGCACUUAAUAGUGGUGUGAAUUUCUGUAGAAGUGUGAAGAUGCUCUGUGAUCCACUUCACUUGAAAACCAAAGUAAACGUGUCUCUUAUGUUUGUGUAGAAGUUUAAACACUGGUAUUAUUAUAGAAGUGCCUCUACAAAAAACCCUCUGGAGCUAUCAAUAAAUAAAGAAAUAUAAUCAUUUUGAAAAUUCA